UCCUCAUUUCAGCACCACGCGCCUCCUGGACAGCGCCCGAAUGAACUCGCGCACAGACUCCUCCAGCCUCGGGAAGGGACAGCGCCGCAUCAGCACCACCGAGACGAACCGAAGAGGACCGAGACUUCAGCAGCAAAACAAAGCCAGCACCUUCAAGAGACACAGGCUGUGCAGACCCGAGGCUCGGCGGAUCCGCGAGGUUUUAAUUCCGCUGCCGAGCGAGGAGCAAGUCGCUCCCUCAAAAGCCACAGCAACAGGACAACAGCAUGUCUGAAACCAAAUCCAGCCAGCGGUUCCACAGCCUGAAUGCUGAGCAGGUGGAGGUUCUCCAUCAGGUCCUGUCGGAGGUAGUGCCAAUCCACGGGCGCGGGAACUUUCCCACGUUGGAGCUGCGUCCUCGAGACAUCAUCAUAGCUGUGCGGGCCAGGCUGCAGAAGCAGGGAAUUGCUGUGAGAGAUGUCCGUCUGAACGGCUCCACGGCCAGUCACGUCCUUGUCCGAGACAACGGAACAAGCUACAAAGACUUAGACAUCAUCUUUGGAGUGGAGCUGCCCAGCCAGGAGGAGUUCCAGGUAAUUAAAGAGUCAGUGCUGGGCUGCUUGCUGGACUGCCUACCUGCCGGGGUCAACAAGGAGCGGAUCAGCAGUGCUACGAUGAAGGAGGCCUACGUCCAGAAAAUGGUGAAGGUCUUUAAUGAACAUGAUCGCUGGAGCCUCAUCUCCCUCUCAAACAACAGUGGCAAAAAUCUGGAGCUCAAAUUUGUGAGCACACUGAGGAGGCAGUUUGAGUUCAGCGUUGACUCCUUCCAGAUCAUUCUGGAUCGUCUCUUGGAGUCCUACAUGCAGCAGGAGUCACAGCACAAAAGUAAACACGUUGAUAUUAAGGAGCAACCAGCAGAGAAUCAGAAGAAAGAUUCUCCGCUCAAACAGGCCACUGCUCCACAAACAGAGGCGUCCACUGGUAGAGACACAUCGAGCACAGAGGGUGCCCAUGUCAGCCAGACAGAGCAGAGAGGUGAGGUGCAUGAGAAGGAGUCACAGACAGAGCUCUUACAAAAAACAGAACAUUUGGAUCAGACAACACACUCCAUAGUGGAGGAAGACGACAAAGAGAAAAACCCUGCAGAGAUGAAAGAAGUGCCAGAACCGAGAGAAAACAUAAAUGAAACAGACUUCCCUGACCAGACAUCCCUGAGCCUUGGGUCAGAAAAGAAUCAAACCUCUGAGAAAACUGAAACGGCAGCUCAGAAUGAACUUAGCCAUGAGCCAGAGCUCUCAGAUGAACCCACAAUCUCAAUAAAGGCAGAACAGUCAGAGCAAAUCCAGCCCCAUGAAGCCCAACAACCAGCACAUUCAGAUCACAAGGAAGUCUCUGUCCAGAGAGAAGUGUCUGACCACAAAAAAACCUCUGAUCAACAGAAAGAUGACAAAGAGAAAGAUCUCACAGAGCAGAUGGGACAGUCCAACUUGCCAGAAACGUCAAACAUUAACCAGGCAGAGUCUUUAAACCUGGCAGAGGAAUCACACACCACAGAGCACGCUGAUGAAAUAGAAUGUUUCAGUGAGGAGCAGCAAGGCAUUGAGACAAAUCAGCCGAAAGAUGCUUCUGCUUCAAACACUAAUACAUCUCCAUAUGAUAAGGAAGAGACACAGGUAACAGAUGAAAGAAACGUCGAGACCGAAACUGGAGAGCAGAUUCAAGCAGAUACUAAAGAUGUGUCAGAGCCAAAUGAAAUGACAGGAGAGAUUUUACUACCCGAAGCAAAAAAUGUAGAAAACACACAAGGUAUUGAUUGUUCCUGUUCCCUUUCAUUCAAAUCUCUUACAUUCCACAACACACAGCUCACAAAGGAAACACUGGAGAUUUAUAGCACAGCACACACCGAUAACUCAGAAAAACAACCCAACAUACUUGAAGACAACAGCCCCCCAGAUACUCAGGAUAUUGUACCUGCACCAUCCAGCCUUGUUUCUGACAAAAAGACCUCCUCUUCUCCUCUCGGUAAGUCCUCAGAUAGAUUAUCUCACAUGGUAGUGCUCAAGCACACCUCUCCCAAACCCCCUCGAAGGAUGUGUAGGAAAAAUGCUCCCAGUCUUUACCCCAAUUUGGUCUCAGAAAAUGAGCCAUUCAUAGCUACUUAUCUCGAUACAACCCCCUGCCCCAGCCCUGAACCUGAGAUAGCCUUUAACCCAGAGCCAGCAGCCCCCAGUUUAGACCCCAUAACUACCACAACAACCAGUAUCUCUACUAAAACAAACCCUGAGCCUGAAGUUUCCAGUGACCUACCUUCAAAUCUAGACCUUACCUCAGCUUUUGAUCCAGACCCUGAUGCUGCAGUGGAUCCCAUAUCUUUAUCUCAGGAGCCAUCAUCCUCUCAACCAAUUACAGAGGGUUUGUGCGAGACAGGUAACCAGGGGCUGAAAGAGACACAAUCCACACACAUAGAUUGUGAUGAACAAGUCCAGUCCGCUCCUACAGAAACUGCCUCUACACCCAAACAACCCCAGCCUGUUGACUCAGUGGACACAUCAUUUCCACACACUGAUACGUACUCCAACGAAGAAUGUGCACAUACCUCAGAAGUUGAGCUCAGUGAUGAAGAUGAAAUCAGAGUGCAACAGACCAAAAAGUCAGACUUGAGUCAGCCAAACAGCAGCCCACAGGAGACCACGCUCAGUUCACCCUCCCCUUCCUCCCAAGAUGUCAACCCCCCUCUUUCCUGUCUCACUCCUCCAGUGCUCUGUCUCUCUCCUCCCUGCUUCACUCCCUCACCCCCCAGCCUCAGCCCUCCCCCAUGCCUGACCCCUCCCUCUCAUUGCCUCUCAUCUCCUUUACCAAGCACCGCCAGCCAAGCUACCAACUUUGGCUUUCCACCCCUAAGUUUCAGCCCUACCUCAUCCUGCCUCAGCUCACCUCCUUACCUCACUCCCCCUAUGCUUAGCCUUAGCCCUCCUCCUCUGUGUCUUACCCCACCUUCCCCCUGCCUUAGCCCUCCCCUCCUCUGCCUGACUCCACCAGUGGAAUCAGAGGAUCUUGUACCUCAGGUAUCUUCAGAUACAGAGCCUUUGAUAUUGAACACAGAGAGUGAGGAACCGAUUAAAGAAUCCUCCCCUCAACCACAAGUUAGUUUACUACAGUUAGAGGAUAAAACGGAUCCAGAUGAUAUCUCAUCGUUGCCUGAGGCUGCAGAACCUGUCUCUUUUCCAAUCACAAUCCCAAACUCCAACUCGCAUGUGCUGCCUCACUCUCCGUCCGGAUGCCCAGGGGAAUCUGCUCCUCCAAAAGCUGAUGAGACGUCCAGCUCUAUGUUUGCGAACAAGGAGGUCCCUGAGGUAACCACAGACAUGCCUGAACAGAGCAAUGCUCCUUGGGCAUCUGGCUCAGUCCCUGAUGUUGAGGUCCUGGCAGAGAGCAUGUAUGGCGACUUUGAGGCAGCCAUGGACCACCUGCGCUACCGAUUAAUCGCUACCAGGAACCCAGAGGAGAUUCGAGGCGGUGGUUUAUUAAAAUACAGCAACCUGUUGGUCAGGGACUACCGACCGGCCAGUGAGACUCAGAUAAAGACACUUGAGCGCUACAUGUGCUCAAGGUUUUUCAUUGAUUUUCCUGAUGUGCAGGAGCAGCAGAGGAAAAUCCUGUCCUACUUGAAGAAUCACUUCAUUGGUGAGGAAAGAAGCAAGUACCAGUACCUGAUGACGCUGCGCCGUGUGGUAGACGACAGCACAGUGUGUCUGAUGGGACACGAGAGGCGUCAGACUCUGAACAUGAUCACAGUGCUGGCACUGAAGGUUCUCGGGGAGCAGAACAUUAUCCCCAACACUGACCAUGUGACGUGCUUCUACCAACCUGCCCCGUACCUUGCAGAGCACAGUGCCCCCUACCUAGCAGAACCAAGCUACUGCAGCUACUACAUACCGCAAGGGGGAUCAACUCUGCUUUACCAGCCUUAUCCUUUACACCUGCACACACAGACUGGAUUAGUCUAAAACACACACUAAAAUGCACACACCACAUGAUCGAGCAACAGAAAGGUGCUUGCCUUGAGAAAAGAGCUGAAGAAUGGAAAUAUAAUCCAGGGAUAAACUGUUUGGUCUAUAAUAGACCUAUGGGGUGGGGUUGAGUGGGUUUUUACAGUAAACUCCCACAGUACUAUGUAAGGUUCUAACACGAUUAUAUGUAAUUAUCUGAGCUUUGUGGGAAAAUAAUAAUUCUUCCAAUAUUGUUAGAAUUCCAGAAAAUGCUGUAUGCACUGCAUGAGUCAUAGCCCUUUGGUCUCCCUAGGAAACCAACUGUGCGGUUGACAUUCACACACAUGCACACACAGAUACAAACACAAACACACAUGUGCAAACACACUUCCAGGUUCUUCUUGAAUUCUUGUACACCCUUUUCAUGUUCUUACUGUGUCGUUCUUAAUGGGUUUGUUCAGAAUGUGGACCUUGCCUGUGGUUGAUAUUGUGCAUGGAUAAAUUAGGACUGUUCUCUCACUGCCAAAUACUGUGUGACUACUAUGCUUCUUAACCAGUUUAAUGUAACGGUGUUAUUCCUUUACUGAAGGGGUGUAUUCUGAAAAAAAAAAAAAAAAGAUAUUUUGAGGGAUAAGUCUACUGAUGUGUACAGUACUUUUAUCAAAAGAGACACAUGCAUGCGGGACACAUGCACUCAAAUACACACACACACACACACACACACACAUACACAGACAUACAGAAUACUGUAUGCACACAAAUUUAGACAAUGCAUGAGUAGCUAAAUAUAUAGAUCACACCCAAAAGUCAAAGCAAAGGCUUUUAAUAUAACAAAAAUGCAUCUAUUUUUGCAAAACUUUCCAAGAUAAUACUCAGUGGUAAACAAACUGGUUUGUUCCUACAGAAAAAUGCCAACAACAAUGCCUUUGCAGCUGACUGUACAGCGUAUUGAAUACAGUAUAUUGUGUGCAAAUACACUGCGUUGUUAUCAGGUAAACUGUGUUAAGAUGUAGUGCUUGAUUUCUUUCCUUGUGAAGUCUUUUCUGUAAUCAUGUGAAGUACUGUACCAUCUAGUGUUGAUUUAUUUGAUGCUAAAGUUUACUAUAUGGAGGUGGUCAGGUUAUAACCAUCUUUGGGUCAUCUCUAAAUAUGGCAGACACAGAACUGUCUGAACUUUGAAGGAGUUACAUUUCAACUUGUGCGACUCCUCGCAGCAUUAAUCAGCUCUCUCUAAUUCACCCAGCCAGAAUCAACAAGCUUCAAUCCUCAUCAAGCCUGUUCUUCUAAGUUUAAAGCCGUGCAACAGCAACUGUGACCAAAGAUGGUUCGGUAGGGAAAUCAAGUGCCUAAAUGUGAGACAUGAUUGGCAUGUCUUUAUCUCACUGCACUGGGGGUGUUAACGGGGGGUGGGGGACCUGGGGUUGGGUGUGUGUUCAGUUGUUGACCCCUGUUACUGCUGCCUGUUUUGAUGUCUUCUUUAAUGUAGUCCUUUGUUGUAGUUUGUUCGUGUACAUUUUGUAAAAAAAAAUAAAAAAUAAAGGGGAAACUCAACAAACCUUGA